UUUCCGGCUGGUAAGAUGGUAGCGCGCGGUAAGAAACGCGCUACGCGGGACCCUGAUGGACGCGUCCUGAGCCCGCCGGGCUACUCAGCCAUUCCAAUCAAGUUCUCAGAAAAGCAGCGGGCAUCUCACUACCUCUAUGCAAGGGAGCACAGAGUUCGGGAAGGUGCCAAGUCCAGCAGGCCGCAGAAGCGCACCCUGUUUGUCCUCAAUGUGCCCCCGUACUGCUCGGAGGAGUGCCUGUCACGCCUCCUGGCCCCGUGCGGCCCGGUCCAGUCUGUGGAGCUGCAGGAGAAGCCUGACCUUGUGGAGAGCCCGAAGGAAUCAAAGUCCAAGUUUUUCCACCCCAAGCCCAUCCCGGGCUUCCGGGUGGCCUACGUGGUGUUCCAGAGGCCCAGCGGAGUGGCUGCUGCCUUGGCGCUAAGGGACCCCCUGCUAGUCUCCACUGAGAGUCACCCUGUGCUGAGUGGCGUUCACAAGUGGAUCCAUGACUAUGGGGACUCGGUGGCUGACCCCGAGGCCCUGAGAGUCGAGGUGGACACAUUCAUGGAGGCCUAUGACAAGAAAAUUGCUGAGGAAGAGGCCAAGGCCAAGGAGGAGGAAGGGGUCCCAGAUGAGGAGGGCUGGGUGAAAGUGACGCGCCGUGGCCGGCGGCCCGUGCUGCCCCGGACGGAAGCCGCCAGCCUGCGGGUCUUGGAGCGGGAGCGGCGGAAGCGGGCGCGCAAGGAGCUGCUGAACUUCUACGCCUGGCAGCACCGCGAGACCAAGAUGGAGCACCUAGCACAGCUGCGCAAGAAGUUCGAGGAGGAUAAACAGAGGAUUGAGCUGCUGCGGGCCCAGCGCAAGUUCCGGCCAUACUGAGCUGCGGCGAGGCCGGGGGUCCCGGACCUCGGGAGGGAGCCCCUACCGCAGCACCUGGAGCGACUGCUGCCCUCUUCUGGCCCUGCCCCUCCACAGAGACCGUGCAGCAGGGAAGCAGCUGUAGGAGUAAGGGACAGGGACGUGUCCCUACAAAUGGCAGCACGGGGCCUCCGCACACCAGGGGGCUGCCCUCAGCCCCUGCUUCCUUCUCACACCCAGGCCCAGACUCUUCCCUCAUUGUUUCAUUUUUGCAGUACUAGGCCUUGAGCCUCGGGUCUUCACACUGAGCUACAGCCCCAACCCCUCUGUAU